AUGGAUACAUUAAUGAACUCAAACACAAUAACAGCUGCCGAUGGACUCGAACUCACGUCUCUGUACGAGAGUUAUAUGGAUGUGAUUCGGGAGUUACUUAUAUCGUUAGCUACUAAAGAUAAGAAUGACAUCGAAAGGGCCCACAAAACCAUUGACUCUCACCUGAGAUUGUGCGACAAAAAUCGUAAAACUGGUCUAAUGUUAACGGUAUUGAGUUAUGUGAAGACACCUAACUAUCAUCGAUAUAGCGAUGUUGAAUCUCACUCCGAGUUACUCUAUGCCUACGGAAUAAUUUUCUAUGCAAUGAUCUGUUUCAAUCAACUGAACAAGGUUGCUUUCACGUCCACCAACAUGCAGGGUCAAAUGUGCAAAAUGGUCUUGAUACUGUUCUGGACCUUUGUGGAGGCACACUUUUCGUUGACAGCAAAAAACGUAGACAUUUGUCAACAAUUACUAAAUAAGAGCAUUGAUAACAAGGCCAAAUUGGCACAAAUUAGCGGUAAUAUCGAUGAGUCCAUUAAUAUCCAUAAGAAACUGAUCACUGAUUACGAGUCGGAUAUCUUUGUUAAAUACUUUUGUAUUAAAUAUGCGCUACUCGUCCGCAAAGGGAUGACACAUUCGCCCGCUUUUACCACUUAUUGUGAGGCAGUGUUCAGGUAUCUGAAGGGAACGGAUGAGUCGGAUACACGGGAAUUAGAGAGGGCUGUCCAAUUAUUGGGAAUCGUACCGUCCAUACGGGUCCGGUAUUUCGGUAAGUCGUUGACAGUGGAGAAGAUGGCAGUCAUGAGCGCACAGAAGGAGGCCCGAUUUGGUCGGGAGUACUCAAUACCCCCUCAAUCUGUAAUGGAGUUAGGAUUAGUGGAACUGGAGCUCAAUAAUAGGGCCGAAGCUGAGAAGUGGCUCAAGAAAUCACUCCACGAUUACAGCAAUUAUAUGAAUGAAAACUAUGUCCACAUCCGGGCCUAUGCGGCGCUCCGGGAGUUAGGCGUCUCCAGUGAUAAGCAUAGUGUAGAUCAGAUCCAAUGCCAGGAGUAUAGAAAUCAAUGGUUAAGGGAUACUCGCAAUGAUGAGGAAAAUGUGGACAAAAUACAGGCCAAUGAGAAGGAGAUUAAUGCUUAA